AUGAGGAAGAAGAAAUGCCCAAUGUGCCGUCUCGAGCAGUUCUAUUUGCACCUACCCCUCUGUCAUCGCAGUUAUACAGUUAUCUUCGUUAUGCUUUCUGAACAUAUCGAAACGAGCGAUGUCAACGAGUACUUCCCAGCUGGACCGAACGUCAAGGACGAUGUGGCGGGAGAAGCUCCUGCAGAAUCCCCGGUCACCCAGACCGGGAGGGAACGAGCUCUCUUGGCGCUCAUACUCGUCCUUUUGCUUGUCCUCGCCACAACCGUGAUGCUGGCGGCUCUUCGGUCGCCGAGCUCCGGUGUUCCAAAAACAAACCAGGAGACCUUUCUUGAUUUUCGCGUGCAACGACAAACCGCAGACCCAUGUCAGGAUCUCUACAGCUACUCGUGCGGCAACUGGGACGUGUUCAAGAAAAAUGACGAGGACGCCUACGACCGACUGGAGAGGAUAGUCAUGGAGACCGGCCGCAACUGGAUCAUGCAGACGCCCGUGUCUUUGGACCAACAUCGAAGCAGGGACAAAGUGAUGGCGGCCUACAAACUCUGCCACAAGGUCUACUUGGGCAGAAAGGAGAAUAUGAACGACGCGAGGCAGUACCUGUCGAGACUCGGCCUGCGCUACUACAACGACUCCUUUCCUGUCACCGGCAUCGUGGAGUUUAUGGUCAAGCUGACCAUGCGCCACGGCAUUCAUACCCUAUUAGCCAUCCAGCCCAAGUAUGACCUCGGCAACUUGGGUGACUCUGGCAACACAACGCGGUUAACCAUUUCUGGCCAGAGCCUUAUCGUAGAUAACUGGAUCGUGGACAUGACGGAGGAAAGCAUUAUGGGAGUUGCAAUCCCGUUUGCAGACGCUUCCUUCAUGAUUGACGUGCAAAAGGUGGAUAGGCUGUUCCGCAUAUGGAUCAACCAAGUACCGUCUUCUUACCGGACUCCAGUGAUUGGGGUGUUCGACGCCAUAGCAAAUAAGACACCCAACAUCGACAAGGCCACUUGGAAGGCCAGCAUCAAUAAAUACCUCCUGACGCCUUUCGACGAGAACCUAUCCCUCAUAAACCUACAUAAUAUGUGGGGACUGCUCAUUAUGAGCAACUUAAAGAAGGAGUUCGAAGCCAACACCAAGCCGGUGUACCACUGGCUGACGAUGAUGGUGCACUCGUACCUAUUCUCAGCCUCGUCCUUCGAGUACGUGCUUUUGAGCCGAUCGCCCACGAGCAAGUGCGCCAGCUACAUCCGGCAGGUGGCGCCGUUCGCCCUUCAAGCCCUCUUCGCCCACAAGCACGUAUCUACGGACGACGUGGCCCUUGCCAAACGCAUUCACCGAAAGUUCGUCUCCCUUAGCUCGAGAGUGUUCCCCUGGCUGGGCGGUGACAAAUCGGCACAAGAGCGAUUUCGGAACGUACGAGUCAUUUUGGGCAUCCCCGAUAUCCUGUACAACCCGCUGACCAUGGACAGGCACUACUCGUACCUGCCGAAGUUCGAUGAACCAGUUGUCCUCAGUAUCCUACUGGCUUUCGAGGCGAAGGCCAAACAUGACAUGCUAAAUUACCAAAUGGGGAUGUUCACCAGCGGCGUUCUCGCCAAUCGGUACCGAUUCAAGCCUCUGCGCGAAGAUGGCGUUGCGGAAAAUUUCUUCCUCGGCGCAACUCCAUUGUACGUGCCCUAUUUCUCGGUGUUCUUCAUCCCACCCGUGCUGCUGUCGACCACAUUUUUUGCCGGCUCUAGUUCGGUGUCCCAGUGGGCAAGCAUUGGACGCCUCAUAGCCCGCGGGAUGGUGCACCCCUUCACGGUCGCAAACGUCGAAAAAAGCGACGUCGGGCUCCUCCAGUACUGGCCUUACGACUUCUAUUCGGAAUACGCACUUCGCAUCGCCUGUAUGCGGAACCUGUACGACAACCUCAUCCCCUCGCGAGGCACUAAGGUGUACGCCGACAUUGCACGUGACGAGAACAUGGCGGACAUCGGCGGCCUGGAGUUGCUGCUGGAGGGCAUCAAGAAUGACUCGUGCUACGUGCCGACCAACCCGUCCCGGAUACCCGGCCUCAGCCAGCAGAAGCUUCUUUUCGUCAGCUACUGUAUGAGUUUCUGCGGAAGCAGGGCUUCCAUCGACAGCUAUGUCCCGUCAAAGAUUCCGCGCCGCGACCAUCGCUGCAACGUGGUGGUGCAACAAUUUGACGAGUUCCGCAGAGCUUUCAACUGUCCCAAGCGGCCUGCCGGGACUCCCAGGUGCCGCCUCCUUAUGUGGUAG